AUGGCAACACAUGGACUCUACUACACCCCGAUCCCACCAGGAGCCCGGAAGUUUCGCAUCUUGACCUUGAAUCCGUCUCAAGAUGCAUCUGCUGCUGUUGAAUGCUUCUUGGAGAGUGCGUUUCUGGACGAUCCUCCCGAUUACGAAGCUCUCUCUUACGUCUGGGGCGAUCCAGAGAGGACGCAUUCCGUGACUAUCGACGGAAAGACGGUACGGAUCACCAACAACCUCCAUGUCGCACUCCGCCACUUGCGACUACCGGACCGACGUCGCAAGCUGUGGGUUGACGCACUCUGCAUCGACCAGCAGAACACGGAUGAGCGCGACAGCCAAGUCCUUCACAUGAGGGAAAUAUACCAGCGCUGCUCCGUUGACCUCCUCUGGCUCGGCGAGGACGCGUCCAUCCUGGAGAACGGCGCGUCUGCGAUGGAGACCAUCGGCACCAUCACUCGACUUGAGAAGAGCGUCCGGGAAGACUUUUCUAGCUACUAUAGUCUUGAGGAGGCUCUGAAUGAGCCGCCGGGUGACUGGGCCGGCAUUCUCGAGAAGCUGUUUCGGAAGCCACCGGUAUGGCAGCGGGUGUGGAUCAUGCAGGAGGUCUCCCUGGCGCCGCGCGUGGUGCUGGUUGCCGGCUGCGCGACGCUUCCCUGGGAGCGCAUCGAUGACUUCCUCGAUGUCGACAACCACAUAGCUGCCUAUGGCUUGCCAGACGCCUUCCACACGCCCUUCGGCCACAGUUGGACGCUCCGGAGACAGCUCGAAUACUGCCUCGCCCACGCGCAAAUCCUCGCCCACCAACGCCGCAUAUGCGCCCAACAACAAGCAGCACAAUCCGAACAACAAGACGACGUCCACCUCCACCGUCUCCACCACCCCACCUCUUCCUCCUCCCUCCACAACAUCCUCGCCCGCUUCCGCUACUGCCACGCCACCGACCCCCGCGACCGAGUCUUCGCCCUCCUCAACCUGUCGUCCGACCCCCUCUCCCUCACCCCCACCUACCACGACCCCGUCGCCGCCGUCUACACCAAAGCCGCCGCCGCCCUCAUCAACGCCGCCGGCAACCUCGACCUCCUCUGCCAGGGGCCCUGGACCCUCGGCACCUCCCAGCAGCAUCCCCUCCGCAACCCGGACCUCCCGUCGUGGGUCCCGGACUUCGCCAACCCCGGCGCGUUCAAGAUCCUGUUCGCGCAGCGCGGCAUCUACAACGCGUCGGGCGAAGGCCGCAACUUUCUCGCCGGACCGUCGUCGUCGUCGUCGUCGUCGUCGUUGCCGGUGCCGGUCCAGCUGCAGAUGCAGCAGGGUACUGCAGGCGGGCGCGGGGGACUGCUGCUGGACGCGUGCCUGAGCGUCGCGGAUCUGGCCCUGGUGCGACGUCCCAGGCGGAGUGAAUGGGAAUGGUGCGAGUGCGCGCUUGCGUGGAUGCCGAAUGAGGUGCUGGAGGCGGGCAUCGCGGCGGGCAAUGCGUCGCUGAUGCCGUUCCUGAAGCCAGAGGGAAACGAAGAGGCGGAGGCGGAGGCGGAGGCGGAGGCGUUGGUGGGGGAAGGCUCGCGGGCGACGAGCGGGCUGAGGUGGACGAGGGGGAAGAGGUAUGGCGGACCGGAGCGGAUGGGGGUGGAGGGAGAGGGUAGUGCUUGGGGCGCGUUCGAGACGUACUGGCGCACGCUGAUGCUGGAUUGCACGCGGUAUCCAGUCAGGAGGCUUCGGGAAGAGAAUGUGAAGGAGCUGCGGCCGAAGUUCGCUGCGUGGUUGAUGGCUCCGGUGGGCGUGAAGCAUAGCGAGUGGACACGGGUUGAGAUUGAUUCGGAGGGGCGGACGAGGUGUAGGUCGAAGAAGGAUUUGGCGAAGCAAGCGCGGGACGACGUCAGAAAACAUCUGUCGCAGUUAGAGGAUUGGGUCUUUGCGAUAUUGGAAAACGGGCGAUACGCCAUGGUGCCACCGGAUGCGGAGAAGGGCGAUAAAAUUGUGGUGCUGAAGGGGGCAAAAACUCCCGUCGUACUGAGGGAGGCGACAAAAGAACGCAAGGGGAAUCAAGGCCCGAUGAGGCAGGAGUGGACAUUCGUUGGCCCCUGUUAUGUACACGGGCUGAUGGAUGGAAAUGCUGUGACAAUGGAAGACGGCUUAUCAGGGGAACAGUUCCUUAUAGUAUGA